AUGUGCCGAGAGCUUGAAGUCAGCGAGAGGGAGAAGGUCUCCCUAGACAACGAGCGCACCCUCCUCCUUGAGAAGGUGGAGCACUUGGAGAAGGAGCUGGUCUUCGAGCGUCGGGAGUCUAAUCGGAAGCUCUCAGAGCUGAAGUCACAGAGAAGAAGAGAGACAAGAACGCCACGACCAUCACAAAUUUAUGGGUUCCUCUAUUCUCAUCCUCUUUCUAUCUCUCCUUCUUUGUCACCGUUCUUUGCCUUGCAAUGCAACUAUUCAGAAAACAAAUCGUUUCAGAACAGAGUUCCUUCACAACCCUCUCCCAAUAAUGUCUCCAUCACUCGUUAUUUCGAAGUAACAAAACCCAUUGAACUACCUAAAACAAAACCUUGUUCUUACCUCAUCCUUCAGCAUGAUUUCGGAAACACAUAUGGUAACCCCCCUGUUCUUGCUGAAUACAAACCCCCAUCAGAUUGCCCAUCUCAGGAUUUCUCCAAAAUCGUUCUUGAAUGGAAAGCCACUUGUAAAGGGAGGCAAUUUGAUCGUAUUUUUGGUGUUUGGUUGGGCGGUGUCGAGAUUCUCCGCAGCUGUACUGCAGAGCCUAGAGCCACUGGGAUCGUCUGGACCGUCGAGAAGGACAUUACAAGGUACUUUUCAUUGCUAAAGAAUCCUCAAAGAUUUUCUGUUUAUAUGGGUAACAUUGUUGAUCAAACCUACACUGGAAUCUACCAUGUUAAUGUAACAUUCCAUUUCUAUCCUGGGGAAGUACCCCAAAGUUCCCUUGAGCGGCAGAAUUCGGUUUCUGGCUUUGAUUUUCCUGCUGAUUUGGUAAUACCCAUAUCAAGAAACCUUCCUCUGAAUGAUGGGUUGUGGUUUUUGAUUGAGAAUUCGACGGAUGUACAGAAGAAGAAGUUUAAAAUUCCUCGAAAUGCCUAUCGGGCUGUUCUGGAGGUGUAUGUUUCAUUUCAUUCGGAUGAUGAAUCCUGGUAUACUAAUCCUCCCAAUAAUUAUGUGAAAGCAAACAAUCUAACAAACGUGCCUGGAAAUGGCCCUUUUAGGGAGGUUGUGGUUAGACUCGACGAAAGGAUUGUAGGUGCUAUCUGGCCUUUCACUGUGAUUUAUACUGGAGGAAUCAAUCCUCUCCUAUGGAGGCCCAUCACUGGGAUUGGUUCUUUCAACCUCCCUUCGUAUGACAUUGAGAUUACGCCGUUCCUUGGCAAGAUUUUGGAUGGGGAUCAGCACAAUUUCGGGUUUAGUGUAACAAAUGCUCUUAGUGUAUGGUUUAUAGAUGCGAAUUUGCAUGUCUGGUUGGAUAGUAAGAAUGAGAGAACUAGGGGAAAGCUUAUGAAACACAAAAGCUCACAUCCUCAGGUAUCCCUGGUUUCACAUUUCAAAGGUGUGAAUGGAUCUUUUCUUAUCAAUGCAAGAAGGUCUAUUAUUUCAUCAGGAUGGGUGAAGUCCUCCCAUGGGAAGAUCAUAACAUAUUCAUUUCAAAACUUUAGUUUCACAAACUCAAUGGAGAUGAAAAAGAAUUUAGAUUUGCAGAUUGUAUCUCAAGCAAUUGAAGCUAAUAGAAGUGUUUUAGCAAGGCUUCCUUCUACUUUUAUGUAUUAUAUCAAAUCAAUGCAGAGGUUCCCCUUUUAUUUGUACUCGGACAAUGUGAACCAAGGAAAUGGCAGUUUUACUUCACUUGUGAACCUCUCGUUGGGAUUUAAUGAAGACAAAUUUUCUGAUGACCAUUUUGGUUUCUCUAUGAGCUCUCUCAGAAACUUGCAGAACGGAAAGGGUAAUAUGCUUGUAAAGGGAAACUUGGUAGUAAGUGGGUUAGGAAGUACUCAGCAAGUAUAUGCAUAUGAUAGUAAUGAAGAAUGCUACUUCAGGAAUGUGAGCAGUAAAAACUACACUGUUCUUUAUGAUGAAAAAAGAGACCUUUGUGACAGAAAAUCUUUUCCUUGAACUUUAGAUUUAGUAGAUGGUGGCCUCGUUCUGGUAGGAGGCCUUUCUGGCAUCUAAAUUGGAGUCAAUGGAGGCUGGUUUAGAUUCAGCUGAUGCUCUACUUGCUCUAUGUAUAUAGUUUUAGGCAGUAACAGCAUAGUUUUAAGCAUGUAAGAGUGAUAAUCAGGAAUAAUUACUUUUCAUGGAUAUGUAUGCUUCAGUCUCUGGUAUUUGAUUUGCUUCCUUCUUCAUGCCUUGGUGGCGGUGCUGAGUAAUUUAUUUGUUUAUUUAUUUUAGAAGGGUACACUAUAGAAGGGGGGAGGGGGGAGGGGAAAUCAAGACUUCCUAGUGAGUGUGGGCUUAUUACACCACAACCUCACCAAUUGAGCUAAGAGUAAUUUAAUUUUUUAGUUCCAUCAUUUCAACCAAGUUUUUGAAAUUUCAACUAAACAUUACUAUGGCACAUGAUCCGUAUGUUUGCCAUGUUCUAAUAUUCUGCAGCUUAAAAUUUACUUAACGUGUAACAAAACUAGUUGAUGGUUGUUGGUUGUUGGCUGUUGGUUGUUGGUAGUUGAUUGUUGGUUGCUUUCAACCCAUAAAAGUGAAACUGAUUCAGCUUGAACUUUUCUAAUUCUGAAGCUAUAAAUGUAAUAAGUGGUUAUGAGAAAUUUUUUGAUGAAGAAAAACUUGGAGAAUCAAUCAUAGUUAUCCCCUAGUAUAGAAUCCGAAAUGCCCGGAGGUGGUGGGUGAAGAGAUUCUUGGUACACUGUAGGUUGAGCAAAACUCAGCCCAAAAUUAGAUAUAUAUAUAUAUAUAUAUAUAUCAAUGUUCCCUCAUUAUGCUGGAAUCUUUAAUGGUUUUAGAAGUAAAAGAUUCAAAAUAUUUUUUUGUCUUAUAAAAGUGUGUGAUGGAGAGGUUUGUCUCUUCCUAAUCGGCACCUAAAAGUGACCAAUAGGUGGGACUAUUGGACAGUAUGUCUGAAUGGUUAACAGACAUAUCUUAUGGAAGAGACAUGGCUUUUGGAAACACCCAUUGGAGAUGUCUCUUUCGUCUCCUAUAUAAAGUAAGGUAAUCCCUACUUCAAAAAGGUUGUCUUUUGGUUUUCUCCAUUAUUGUUUUGGUUUUGUUUUUCUGAACUAUUGGGUCUAGCCUUACUCUCCCAAAGGAUCAAAAUCUAUGUACAAUCAGACAAAGAUCAGUGGUUGUUUCAUCUUGGAGGUAAAAUGCAGGAAUCCACAAUUGUACUACUGUAGGGGGUGUUUCAAACCUUAAGGACUAUUUCUGGUACGACUCAACCUGUUUGGUUCGUUGGCUUCAACAAUUGAUGCCAAUCUUCUUCAACAGUUCAUCUUGCUUCAACCAAGAAAUGCAUCUCAACAAUAUCAGUCUUGUUAUUCUCAACAUCAGG